UAGUUCGACAUGCGACGAAGAGCCGUUUUCUCCACGCUGUUUACAAGAAGCUGCUGCCCGUGUGUUUUCAACCUGCAUUCUUGCUCGGUCUACUCUUAAAUCAUGGAGAAAAAAUCCACCGGGAAGAAACCUAAACCAGCGAAGAUGAUAGACGGCGCUGACCCCGUCAGAAACUUCGAGAAAUGGAAGAAAAAAUACAACAAGACGAAAGCAAGAGUGAAGAGUGACAGAGCCCCAAAGAAGCCCGAGUGGCAGGUCGAAAGGGAGUACAUCGACAAGCUUGUCAGCAGGUAUGCAGACAUAAACAGCAAGGAGGCUGUCAAGUUUUCAGACUUCCCCAUUUCAAAGAAAACCUUGUUAGGUUUGCAGGGGAUGCAGUACAGACAGCCCACCGAGAUCCAGAGGCAAACUAUUGGCUUCGCUUUGCAGGGUAAAGAUGUCCUCGGCGCGGCUAAAACCGGCUCUGGGAAGACUUUAGCCUUCCUUAUACCGGUGCUGGAGUGUCUGUACCGCCAGCAGUGGAGCUCAGUGGACGGCCUCGGUGCUCUCAUCAUAUCCCCCACCAGAGAGCUGGCCUACCAGACCUUUGAAGUCCUCCGCAAGGUGGGCAAGAACCACGAGUUCUCCGCGGGGCUCAUCAUCGGUGGCAAGGACCUGCAGAGCGAGUCGGAAAGGAUCCACCACACCAACAUCGUCAUCUGUACCCCGGGACGCCUUCUCCAGCACAUGGACGAGACGGCCACCUUCCUCGCCUCAGACCUCCACAUGCUUGUUCUGGACGAGGCAGAUCGCAUCCUGGACAUGGGGUUCGCGGACACCCUCAACGCCAUUGUGGAGAACCUCCCCAAGUCCAGGCAGACGAUGCUGUUCUCCGCCACUCAGACCAAAUCCGUCAAAGACCUGGCCCGCCUCAGCCUCAAAGACCCAGAGUAUGUGUGGGUCCACGAGAAGGCCAAGUUCAGCACACCUGCCACCCUGGAGCAGAGCUACGUGGUGUGUGAGCUCCACCAGAAGGUCAACAUGCUGUUCUCCUUCAUCAGGAGCCACCUGAAGAAGAAGACCAUCGUCUUCUUCGCCUGCUGCAAGGAGGUGCAGUACUUUUUCCGGGUCUUCUGUCGCCUCAGACCCGGCAUGCCUGUCCUGGCUCUGCAUGGCAAGCAGCAGCAGAUGAAGAGGGUGGAGGUGUACAAUGACUUCCUCAGAAAGCAGAAUGCAGUGCUGUUUGCCACAGAUAUAGCCGCCAGGGGCCUGGACUUCCCCGCUGUCAACUGGGUGCUGCAGUUUGACUGUCCAGAGGAUGCAGACACCUACAUCCACAGGGUGGGCCGCACCGCCAGGUACAAGGAAGGGGGGGAAGCCCUCCUGCUGUUGCUGCCUUCUGAGGAGAAGGGCAUGAUUGAACAGCUGAAGGAGAAGAAGGUCCCCAUCAAUAAGAUCCAGGUGAACCCAGAGAAGCUGCAGAACAUCCAGCAGAAGCUGCAGGCCUUCCUGGCCCAGGAGAAGGAGCAGAAGGAGAGAGCUCAGAGGUGUUUCGUUUCCUACCUGCGCUCCAUCUUCCUCAUGAAGAACAAAGGCGUGUUUGAUGCCCUCAAACUCAAUCUCCACGAGUACGCAAUUUCUCUAGGCCUCGCUGUGGCUCCGAGGGUACGCUUCCUGAGUAAAGCCCAGGCACAGAAAGAGGAGAAAGAAGCACAGAAAGAGGAGGAUGAGGAGGAGGAGCAGUCUGAAGAAGAAAAGGAUCUGAAGAGUUUUAAGGCCCAGCUGAAGGGGAACAAUCCGGAGGAAAGUCAGAGCUCACAGUCUGAAGACUCAGGUGAUGAUGAGGAAGCCGGGAGUGAAGAGGAGAAUGAUCAGAAGGUAUUCGGUCUGUGUGCAGAUGAUGAUGAGGACGAAGAUGAUCUAAAAGACUUGGACUUGCUCACAGUCAAAAGAAAAGACGUCUUCAAUCUGGCAGCGGGCGAGGAGAGUGACGAGGACCUUGACGAGGAGUCUAAUAAGAAAACGGAAACAGAGACAAAGUUUAAAGAAGCCAAAAAAAUCCUCAAGAGAAACUUCCAGGUCAACACCAAAGUGACGUUCAGUGAGGAAGGAGAGGCCGUGCAGCUGUGGCCCCCUGUGCAACGGGCAGUGACUGCUGAUGUAGAGGAAGAGGAGGAGGGUUCAGGGAUCAACAUGGAGAAGGCCAGGGAGAGGCUGAAGCGCGAGGACCAGGAGUUCGACAAGCUGGAGUACAGACGCAAGGUGAAGGCCAAGCACACAGAGCAGAGGCUGAAGGCCAAGGCCGCCAGGAGGGAGGCCAGCAAGCAGCACAGAAACGAUUCUGAUGAAGAGGACGAGGUGCACGCCUACUUGGCCAACCACAGCGACGACGAGUUUGACCCAAGCUCCCUGCCGGACCCUGACAAAGUGCGAUCUGACGAGGAGGAGGAAGAGGAGGUGAUAGCCAAAAGGCGACACAGCGAUGAAAGCAGCGGUGAGGAAGAGGAGGAGCACACAGCGGGGAAGAGGAGGAAAGUGAGGCAGGAGAAGGAGGAUAACACAGCCCUGGACACUGGCCUGUCUCUGGCUGAAGACGAGGAGUUGGUCCUACAUCUGCUGGGAGGCAGGAGGUAGACAGGAAAGAGGCGGCGCUUAAAGGAGGCUUUGCAAACAAUAAAACUGGUCGGUUAAAUAAAGUUUUAAUUACAAAGUCAAUAGUGAAAUGACAACAGGACAUUUUUGAGUGUUUGUAAACCUUGAUGACCUUAUCAGGGAUUUUUUUCAUACUCGUACUACAACUGGAGUAGUUAGUUUGUUGAAUGGCUCUUUUUCUAACAGUAGAGUGGUGCAGGAAUGAGUCAUAGACCUGUGAAUAAGUUGGCAUUUUACAACUUUAAAAACUUGUUUUUGGUUGGACACCUGAGAUGUGUCCGUGGUCAACUACCCAAAAUACGCCAGUAAAUACCCCAUUCGUGAAUGUCCAAAACUUCUGUGUUCAUAAACGGCGGCUGCUAACAAGUGAUUAAAUGAGACUGCUAAAUGGCUAACACUAACCGCCUUUGGUUAGCCAUGGUGAAAUUAAGUCAUGCGACUGUAAUUUGGCUAGUUUAAAGCCUAACGUUAAGUUUUUACUUCUGCCGAUUGCAUUUACACUUUAACAAAUAUGUAGGUAUCAUGACAGUGUGUCUGCCAAAGAUCUUAUUUCUAUAUAUCAAAAUCCAAUGGAAAAGGGAGCCCUUGCGAUUUUAACUUCCAGGUUGGCCUACGAAAACACUUCAUCACUGCACUACUCUGUUGUUGAGACCAAACCAUCACUGCCGCUUUGAGUUUGAAGUCUAAUGUUUGUGUUUACAUUGUGAUAUAACAAAACCAUUCACUUAUUUAUCAUUGUGAAUGCUAACCCAGCAGAUGUUAGUAAGUCUGACCUUUCACAAAGGAAAGCUUGGUUAUUCCUGCAAGAAUGACUUUAAGCACAGACGAUGUGAUGUCAUUGCGUUUCCUCUUGGAUGUUUCUUCCUUUUGAAUCUGCAGUCAUCUGUAGAGUCUUGUUUAGCCUUCUCUCUUUUUUAGUUCUUGUAUCAAUGACCUUCAUCAUCACAGAGCGUGUAAUUAAUAAAAUGUAUUGAAUAACUAA